UAGGAAGUUCACUGGGCGAGGUUUUUGCGUCAUUUUUAGGCGCGCGUGCCGUCUUUAUUAUAUAUUUUUUUAAUCUUUCUAUCAAUCGUUUAGCGAACCUGCGUCGAGCGUUAUUCUCCGCGGACUUUAAACGCAACAUGGCUUUGGUAUCAGCUGAUUCAAGAAUUGCUGAACUCCUAGGAGAAUUGCACCAGCUUAUCAAACAGACCCAGGAGGAACGAUCAAGAAGUGAACACAAUCUUGUGAAUAUCCAGAAAACACAUGAACGGAUGCAGACAGAGAACAAGAUCUCUCCGUAUUAUCGGACGAAAUUACGUGGCCUCUAUACAACAGCUAAGGCUGAUGCAGAAGCUGAAUGCAACAUCCUGCGCAAGGACUUGGACAAGAUUGCUGAGAUAAAGUCUCUUCUGGAAGAACGGCGAAUUGCUGCCAAGAUUGCUGGCAUCUACAAUGACUCUGAGCCGCCACGCAAAACCAUGCGCCGUGGAGUGCUGAUGACUCUUCUCCAGCAGAGCGCCAUGACUCUCCCAUUGUGGAUUGGGAAGCCUGGAGAAAAGCCGCCUCCCCUUUGUGGUGCCAUCCCUGCCUCUAGUGAUUAUGUGGCCAAACCAGGCGAUAAAGUGGCAGCUCGUGUCAAAGCUGUUGAUGGGGAUGAGCAGUGGAUCUUGGCUGAGGCUGUGAGCUACAAUCAUGCCACCAACAAAUAUGAGGUGGAUGACAUUGAUGAAGAAGGAAAAGAGCGUCAUACCCUGAGCCGACGUCGCAUCAUCCCUCUGCCUCAGUGGAAGGCCAAUCCUGAAACAGACCCCGAGGCCUUGUUCCAGAAGGACCAGUUGGUCCUGGCCUUGUACCCACAAACCACCUGCUUCUACCGAGCCCUUAUUCACGCUCCACCUCAACGGCCCCAAGAUGACUACUCGGUCCUCUUUGAAGAUACCAGCUAUGCAGAUGGCUACUCUCCCCCACUCAAUGUAGCUCAGCGCUACGUUGUGGCUUGCAAAGAAACAAAGAAGAAGUGACGUGGUCCUGCAGCUGCAGCUUGGUGAGGAACUAUCCCAGUCAACUUCUGCAGAGGGACAGUGAAUGAAGCAGGAAGCAACAGAAACACAACAAGAGCAGGAGUCUAAUUUAUUAACCUAAGAAGAUUGCAUUUCAACACAACACAGGUGGAGAAAUAGCUAUAUGAUUACUUCCAAAAGUUAACGACUAUGGCAGGAAUCGAUAGUUGCUUUGGAAGUGGCCAACUAUGAUUCUUUGAGUAAAGAACAGACAAUUGUUUGCUAUUUGUCAGUUUUCAUUAAUUGGAUUUUUAAACUCCCCCCCCCCCUUGCAGCUGUUUUGUUUUAUUUAGGCUGCCUUUUUGGCUUGCCUCAAAUUAAUGAAGUUUUGCGUACUUUAGAUCCCCUCCCUCCCCCCAUUAAGAAGAUUGCAAAACCUCCUGCCUUGGAGAAAAGAUUUGGAAUUAAAUCCAGCAAUUGAAACACAAGAACUUGACCUAAAUUUGUGAAUUUCUAAAGGAAAGUAGGAGGGGGUUGGGGAAGUUUUUUUUAAUUUAUUUUGGGGUGAAAGGGACGACUAGGACUCCUGGUCAGCUAUGGAAGAUAAUUUUACUAAUUGUUAAUUGUUGCAAUUUCCUAUUUUAUUCAUUUCACCACUUAAAAAAAAAACCUAAAUCAUAAGGGUGUUGUUAUUCUGAUGUGACUAGAAUUCCAAUAGAAUCUUUUUUUCAAGGAUUGGAACAAAACCAGGGGUGGUGACUUGAAACUAGCCUCAAAAGAACAGAUUGCAUAAUUUUAUUUAUUGCAUAAAUUAUAACAUUUAAACUACACAAGAAUAAACAUACAAAAUGCAAAGUAGAAAAGAAAUAACUACUAAUGAAAAACAUGUUAUGAAGAAGAAAAAUUCAUAAUGUAUUUGAUAAUAAUUGCUGCCUGCAAUAGAAAUUAUACAAUCAAUAGUUUUCUGAAGUAUACCAAAGCAGUGUAUAUCUGUAUAACAUUUUAAAGAAGUUAUUGGUAAGUAUAAAAACCAGAUAAUGGUGCCUCUCAGUCUCUAGAAUUUUUAGUGGGAAGAAUUAUGGAGCUAGAAAUUAUAUUUCCAGAAAUAGGGACAUUAUAAACAUUUGAUUUUUCUUCUUUUCUGAAAGUUUUUGUAUAACAUUUAACUGAUAUAACACCAUUUUCCAUCUAAUGAGACUCAGUUUGCAUCCUAAAAUGUUUUCUUACUGCUACUGAUAAUAGUACCCAACACAGACCAGAUAUUUUGUGUUAUAAAACAUUUUGGUCCAAUAAAAAAUAUCCCAAAUAUGUUUUUAAAAAGAUAACUCAACUUUCUUAGUGUUUUUUCCCCUUUGGAAAUGUUUCACU